AUGAAGAUCAUCGUUGCUCUUCUUUUUGCACAAAUUAUCAUUACGAAUGCUAUAUUGCAUCCGAAAAAGAUACAAUUGGUCAAUACAACUGAAUAUUCGACCCCGAUAAAUGUUAAAAUUUAUUCAAAUCUUGCAGAAGUUGUUCAACCGUUAGGUAAAUUACCGCUGGAGUUUUCACCUGAAGAUUGGUCGGAGAUUCGUUCUGAUUCGAUAACCCUCGUUGGUUCGAAUGUUAAUGUCACACAGCAAACGAUUACCGAAAAGAAACUCUCUCUUAACAAUCGUCAAGUCUAUGUAUGUUCUCCAUCUUCAUCUCACACAGAGUCCAAAUUUGUCAAAGCGACAAUCAUUGACGAAAGUCGAAAUCUUGUUAAACUUAUUGAUAAAGACAUCAGUGAAGAUCCAAUUUUUCUCAUAGUACAAUCUCAUGAUCUCGUUUAUGUUAACGAACCAUUCCAAGCAAAACAUUAUGUGAAUUUUGCAUACAACGCAACCGACGAAGUUUGUGUUAGCUACCUCCGUUCAAAUCUCAAUUGGAAAACACGCUAUCAGUUGAAUCUGUUUGAUGACUCACGAAAGCCGACGAUUAUCGCUAUGGCUGAUAUUCGUAAUGAUGGAAAAUCGAAAAUCGACAUUGCACAUGCUGAACUACUUGGUGGUGAUAUUAAUCUGCGAAUGUUUGAACAUCAUCGAUCGGAACGAUAUGAACUUCGAGAUCAUGCUGUGACGUAUGCAUCAGCAAAUACAGAACUAGCAGGUGGCUCGUCCUCGCCAACGGUAUCACGAGGUGAAGAAAUGGCUGGUUUAUAUGUUUUUCCAAUCAAUCAACCAUUUUCCAUGGAUGCCAAAACAAAUUAUCUUCUGCCAAUGUUUCGUCCGAACGUUGUUGUUGAACGUUAUGAAUCGAUUCGAAAGUCAUUUUUCGGUGGCGCUGGACAUGCAAAUGGCAAAGUUCAACGUUCGUAUCGUAUAUCAUCUGAUCGUUUUCUUUCUCGUGGAAAUUGUAUUGUACGUGAAUAUGAUCGACUUGUUGGAGAAACGUUGUUACCAGAUUUAGCUGCCAAUGAUAAAUAUGAAUUUUCGGUUGGACAAGAUGCAGAUGUUGUUUACAAAGAGAAUAUUACACUUGUAUCUUCACGUUCGUUCAACGAAACAUUACGAUCGGGAGGUAAAGAAGUCGAAGAACGAACACAAUCGAGCCAUACAGUCAGUCUAUUGUUGAAGAAUUUCAAGAAAAAUCGUUCAGUGAAAGUUGAAUAUCGACAAGAAGUGUACGCUCGAUCAGUGAAAUUAACAAGUAAUGGCAAUGGCGGGUUUGUACAAGACGGUUCAACCAUCAAAGCAUUCAUAAUAUUGUUUGCCAAUGAAGAAAAAGUGUUCUCAUAUCAACUUGAAACUAUUAAUUAA